GCUAUUCAUACUCGUGUACUUAUGUCAUCGUCGUUCAUUCCUCACUCCUCGCAACCACACCAUUACAACACGCCUUACCCUAAUUCACGACACGGAAUUCGUUCUCAACUUUACAACUACUUCCCACAACCUACAUCGCCCGCCCCUCCUUAAUACCACACACCACACACGACCGCCAACCAUCUCCACCUCGCGUCAACUCUUGGUACACCUUUACACCUAGCAUACACAUCGCACCUUCGCGAUGUCGACGCAAAUCCCCGGCACUGCGCCGCCCGGCGAUCCGUCGAAGCCGUCCCUCGGUCUCAUCAAGCGCCGCGAAGGAGCCGCAAACCCACUCGUCCGCCGAGGGCCGCGCGGGCGCCCAGCACCCGGACUUUCGCGCCCGACGCCUCGCACAUCCGCCACACCUCCCGCCGGCGGCCCUUCGAACGCAGCUUCCACAAGACCCGGUGUUAAGAGCGAACCGGCGCUAGAGCCGGAUUGGCAAGAAUUCAAGCUCACGACGACGAAGCGCGAGAUCUUGGCGGGCUACAGACACCAUGUCAUGCGCCUGCAGAGCAAGCGUCUGGUUAAUCCUAUGAGCCCCGACGAGUUUACGAUGCCGGUGCGACUACAUCGCCGCGAUCCUAAGGCGCCGCUGCAGGGUGGGAAGGAGCAGAGGAUGCAUGAGCAAGCGGCGACGGACAAGGCGAACGAAGGCGAGGAUCCUGCUGCGGCAGAGGAACGCGCGAAGAAGGAGGCGCUGAAGGCAGCUCAGCAGGAGAAGAUUGCGCCAUACGGCGGUGCACAGAAGCAGAAGAAACAGACGUUCAAGAAAAAGACACAGCAGGUGUUCAAGCAGAACGAGGCGGAUAAGAAGUUGCGAUAUGAGGAAUACUUUCCGUGGCAUAUCGAGGACUUCGACAACAAGAAUACGUGGCAAGGACAGCUGGAGAAUCCGCUGAGCGGUGGCACCUUUGCUAUGUUUGUACUUGACGAAGGAGCUUUCAAGAUGGUGCCCAUUGAGAAGUGGUACAAGUUUACCGAGAAGAACAAAUUCCAAACCUUGACCAUCGAGGAAGCCGAGAACAUGAUGAAGAAGUCUAACAAGGCUCCUCGGUGGCUCAUGAAAUUGACCAGAGAAGACGAGAAAAAGCAGGAGAAAGAAGAGAAGGAGAGGAAUUAUAGCGCUUUCAACGGACUGCGCACUCGGAAGGGUGGUAGACUGGACAGUAUCUUGCCUAAGUCUGAGACGGCGGAUGCGGACGACCUUGACUUUGACGACGAUCGUUUUGCUGAUGACGAAGAGGCACCUGUUAUGGAGGGCGAGGAACAGGAAAACAAAGAGAUCGAAAAACGCAUCAAGAAGGAACAGUUGUCUGCCAAUGUCUUCGACACCCGCGAUGAGAAGGAAUACGACGAAGAAGAGAAAGAACGUAAACGGCUUGAACGUUUGCGCAACAAGCAGGGCAAGAAGGUCAGGAAAGCUUUGAUGAAUCGCGAAGGAAAUUACACGUACGAGACGGACUCCGACGGCAAUCCUUAUGCUUCAUCUAGCGAGGACGAGGACGAAGAAGAGCUUGCCCGCAAGGAGGAGGAGCGUAAAAAGGAGGAGGAACGCAAGAAAGAAGAGGAGCGCAAGAAAGAAGAGGAGGGUAAGAAGCCUGAAGGAACUAAAGAACAGGACAUGGACAAGAAGCCGGCGCUUCCUCUUGUCCCGGAGUCCAAGGCCAAAACAUCUCCUGCGAAGAAACAGGCCCAACCUCCAGCCGGCGACAAGCUUCCAGGAUCGAACAAGCGGACCGGCUCGGCGGACCUCUCGGAAUCUGGAAACGAAAAGGCGCGCAAGAAGCCAAAGAAGAACCAGCCGCUUUCAGGUAUCGCCGCGCCAAAAUCAUCUGCUACGGCAUCAGGAUCAGGUCAGGACCAGAAGCUUGUCAAGCUCAAAGUGCCACCCGAAAAGUUUUCUCAGAUCAUAUCGUUAACACCUUCUCCAGUGCAACCAAAGAAGCGCAAAGCUGUGGCCGAAGGUGGAAGUAGGAGCGGUGACGAUACUGCCGGUGAGAUGUCGGAUACGAACGGUGGCAAAAAGCCGCGUAUGAAGCUUGUCGCUGGUCGUUCUCUCUCCCCGAAUGCGGCCAACUCUCGACAAGCUUCACCUGUCCCCGCCGCAGCCAAGUCCCGUGCUGGCUCGCCUAAUGCGCCUGCUGAUGCUGCCCGCCCUGGUAGUCCUGCUGUCCCUGCAGUACCCAUCUCUGAUGCGGAGAUCCUGGCAGUUAUCGGACCCGAGGGAACUACCACUGCGGCCCUUGCUGGACUGUUCAAAUCGAGGUUGGCGGACAAGGACGUCAAAGCUCAGUUUGUUGUCAGUUUGAAGAGGCUGGUUGAGACGAAGGGUCCCACGAAGCUCCUCUUCAAGAGGAAGGGCUUGUAGAUUGGGAAUCCCGCAUGGAUUGUAGAGGUGUGAUUGGUGUUCUUUCUUUUGAGCUCUUUGCAUGAUGGAUUCGCAGGCUUUUGGCAGACAGGCAAUAAGAUAGGAUGACAGGUAGUACAUAAUAUUUGUUGUACGGCUUGCAUGAUUACCUUAGGGACUUUUUUCCGACUAGAUGUUGACAAUGAAACAUACUCCUCGCAGUAAUUAGAGUAGCG